ACAAAAGUCGUAUUCAUUGCUUCAACAAAACCACUGCCAUCUGAUCUUCUGAAAUCCUUGAAGGAGCAACUCAACCAACAGAAUCAUUAACGGUACAACAAUGAGUCAGGACAUAUGCAUAGUUUUGGUCGGUAAAACAGGAGUUGGCAAGAGUGCUUCAGGAAAUACCAUUCUUGGUGAAAGGAUAUUUGUGUCAGAAGCAAGAGCUACAUUAGUCACUAAACAGAGUUCAUUUGAAUCACGGAUGAUAAACAGAAAGCAGAUUUGUGUCGUGGACACUCCUGGUCUAUAUGACACACAACUGUCCAGUGAAGAAGUCAUGAAUGAGAUUGUGAAUGGCAUCAAACUUGCAGCCCCAGGUCCUCAUGUCUUUCUUCUUGUAAUUGCCAUUGGGCGUUUCACUAAAGAAGACAGAAACAUCGUUGGAUUGAUUCACACAACUUUUGGCCGAGAAGUGCUCAGACACAUGAUGGUCUUGUUCACCAGGGCAGAUGAUCUUGAAGAAAGCACAAUUGAAGAUUACAUUAAGGAAGCACCAGAGCUAAAAGAAGUGAUAAAUGCAUGCACAGGGAAAUACCAUAUACUCAACAAUAGAGAGAAGGCAGACCAUACACAAGUUGAUGAGCUCAUGAAGAAGAUUGAAGCCAUGAUAAAGCAGAACCAUAACCGCUACUACAGCCACAACCUGUUUACAAAGUCAGAUGAACUCAACAAUGCUAAGAGAUCCAUGAAGGAAAAGGAUGCUGACCUGAAGUCAGAAGUCAGAAUUCAGAAGUCAGAAAAAGCUUUAGUGCAGAAGAAACGGACAAAAAGAAAUAAAAUAACAGCAUUUCGUGAAGGAAUGAAUAAGUCAUCUUGCAGCAUACUAUAGUUUACUUGAGUAUAUGUCAAGAUCUCAUAAAAUGUAUAAACGGGGCACUACAAAAUACACAAAUCAGAAGAGAAAUAUUAAAUUGUGUUAAAUUCCAACAAUUCAUGUUUUUAUUAAUCUUUUUGAUUUUUAAAAAUAUGUAUGAACACUUUUAUUCAUUUAAUUAUCUGCUAAAAGAUGUACAAAUAAUCUGCUUAAUCCACUAGGAAUUUGGUUGGGGGUGAGAAGUUUACAGACUCUGUAUUAUACCUGUAUUGUUUAACACAUUAAUCACUGACAUUUUAUGUAUGUUUGUUUUGCCAUUUUUUUUAACUCCAAUUAUAUUUUAACCUUUUACUUUAUAAGAUUUCUAGAUUUCUAUUUGCUAUUAUUAUUAUUACUACUACUACUAGUAGUCUACUUACAUUCAUGUGUUUUAUUAAUGUGGCUUAAAAAAGUCAUGUUUUAUUGUUGAUUCUUUUGUGAAUCUUUUUGCAUCCCACUCCACUCUUAUAGUUUUUCAUUUAACCGCAUUUAUACAUUUACUGCAACCACUUACACAUUUCUAAAUAAAUUUUUUAUAGACCCCCCCCCCAAAAAAAAAUUAAAAACAUUAAACUGUUGUUUGAACACCAAACUACUGAAAACACACUGUAAAUCGUACAGUAUAAAAUUGUAAUACAAAAAUUUAUGUAAAUCAAUACAUUCAACACUGCUUAAUGCUCGUUUGUACCUUUAACAACAACCACCAUAGUAAUGCAGGUGGUAAAAGGUAAAACCAUGCAAAGAUUAAAUAAGUUAAAGUAUACAGAUCGCCACAGAGUCAUUCAUGCAAACACAAAACACCAUCAUGGUAACUCACAAUACUUAAAUGCAAUAAACAUUCAUUAAACAACAGAUGAAACAUAUACAGUAAUAAAAGCUCACGAUCAAUUGUACAAGAUGACAGCAGACAUUGGGACAUUUUGGCUUGAUGUAAGAUGCUCUCCUCAAGGACUAUAUUAUUUGACAAAUAAUUGCAUUUUUGUAAUGUUAUCUGAAUGGACAGAAUCCCCAUAAUAAAAUGCAUCACAAUAAUUGAUUGAUUGAUUGAUUGAUUGAUUGAUUGAUUAUGUCACUUAGGACAUUAAGUAAUCCAGAACU